AUGGUGUCACAUCAAGAUUCAGUCACAGCACCGCUCGAUCAUGAGCAUGAUGACUAUGCAGCUCUUUUUGAUGAGGCUGAUGACAAUACUGACAAGCAGCCUGCCAAUGAUAACUUUGAGUCAUUGCAGCAGGUGCUCUCUGCUGUCACAAAGUCUGUUCAAGCCCACAAUGAUGGAAAGUCAUGGCUUGCAGCAGUCACGAUUUCUCUUAAGAAGGCUGAGAAUGCGAUGAGUCAAGUCACUUUCAUGCUUAUCUUGGAUGUCAAGACCUGUUGGUCAUCCACACAUCAGAUGCUCUGGCAGGCACUUGAUUUUCAUCAAGCUAUUGAUGACUUCAUUGCAAAGACUUGA